AUGGCGCAAAACUCGCAGGCCCCCAAGUCCAAAUGGGGCGUGGGAAAUUUCUUCCAGCAAGCCGUUGCGGGCGUGGAAUCUCGGUUGGACAAUAUAUUGAUGGACCAGGAGGAAGCACAAAAGGCCUCAAAUACGAAACUCAAGGAAGCGGAACCCACAGCGUCGCCAAUUUCAAGAUCGCCCGCUGGCUCAAUUUCGCGAAGUUCGUCCAAUGCGCGGAGAAAUGAUCGACUCCAAGAGCGCCUGGCACGAGCCGUGGUCAAGUCGAAUACUGCGAACCGGAAUUCACAGUCUUCACCCGGUCAGGCUUCCUCGACCGCGGGUAGUCCAGCGCCGAGCAAUGGUGCACGAUCAAGUAUGGACAUUGAUAUUAGUCUUGCAGCCGCUUCGAGCGUCACAGAUGAUCUGAAGAGCCCUCCGCCAGAUGGUGAAAGCGUCACGAGUCAUGCAAGUGCGGCUAGAACAAGCUACUAUUCGGAAAGAUCUAUACGCAAAUCUACCGAAAUCUCCGGGACAGAAUCCUUGCCUCGGGCUUCGAAUGAGGUAGAUGAGCAGGGUUCAAAAUUAGGUAGACCGAGCUUGGAUCUACCUAGUUCGCAACGAAGUGACGUAUCAGUUAGACGUGCAUCCGGAGAAAGUACUCGCUUAAGCGUCGAUAUUCCGUCUGAGUCUCGAACGAGUGAAGAAAAUGGAGCUGAAUCCCUGUGGCAACAAGAGAGAUAUGAGUAUAUGGCACGGAUUGAUGAGCUCCAGAGAAAUCUAGAGAACCUGGCGGGAGAAGCUGCCAAGUCUGCAAAGGAUGCCGCCGCCGCCGCUUCUCCGGGGAGCCGCGAGAAAGAGCUCGAAGAAAUCAGGCAGAAGUACGCUUUACUGAUGAAAGAAGGUCAAAAGCUCGAAUCAGAGGCGUCGAAUUCCCGUACUGCUGUUAGGAGAUUGAGGCAACAACUUGCGGAAAAUUCGAAAUCACAGAUCGAGAUGAAGAAAAAGACCGAAAAGUUGGAGAGAGAUCUGCUCAACACCGAAAGCAGAGCCAAGCGGGCUGAGGCGGCAGAGAAGCGAGCAAAUGAUUCAUUAUCAACGCAUACCAAGACGGCUAAAGACCUAGAGGCCGUGACGAAUGAGCGUGAUGCCUUGAGCCAAACCGUUCGCGAGAUGAAGGCACAAAUUGGCCGAGCGAUUGCGCGCGCCGAAGCUGCUGAAGCCAAGGCCCACUCAGAUGCCUUGGAAAAGGAGAAGGGCAGAGCAGAUGAGCUUGAUGAGGAGUUGUCAAACACCAAAAUCGAGCUUGAUAUCAUUCAGGCAAAGUCGAAGAAAGAAAUUGCCGAUCUGAAGGAAAAGGUUGACCAGGAGAAAGAAAGGGCUCGCUUGCUUGAAACUGAGUUGAAGGGAGAGCAAUCUGCCUUGGAAAGCAAAAUGGAAAGCUUGCGCGCCCGUGCGGAGGAGGCCUCUUCUGGAGCCACUGGAGAGACGCAGGCGAAGUUGCUACGCCAAGUCGAGACCUUGCAGACUCAAUAUUCAGUCGCCAGCGAGAAUUGGCACACCCUGGAAGGCUCCUACAUCUCCCGGCUCGACGCCGCGGAGAAGGAACGCGACCAGGCUGGAGACAGAGAAAAGGAGCUGCGAAAGAAACUUCGGGAAAUGAGUCUCAAAGUUAAAGAGCUUGAAGAAGAAUUAGAGAAUGCCAAGGAGGCUGAGCAUGACCUGGAAAGUCAGCUUGAGGCGCGCGUUCAAGAGCUUCAGAAGGUGCAGCAAAAACUCGAGCAUGCAACGGACGAGGUCUCCUCUGCGCAAAAGGAGCUCGUCGAGCAGAAGAAGGUGUGGGACGCAAACUGGGCGCAAAAGCUCGAGGAGGAACGUGCCCGUUGGAGAGAGCAACUUAAUACCUUGCAACAGCCUCGUGGAAUCUCUCCCGUUCCAUCCACUCGCCGGUCAAGCAACCUCGACGCUCUACCCUCUAUUUUGUCAGACUACCGCCCUGGCAGCCGGCGCUCGUCUACACUUCCCCCAGGUUCGCCGGACAUCGGCACACCACCGCGCCAGAAUUCUUACCCAACUUCAAUUGCUCAAGGGACUCUCUCCCCUCCCCCGAUUAGCACCACCAUGGGUCCUCCAUCCAUGAUUCUGGAGACCCCUUCAAUCACCUUUGAACCAGAUGAGUUCUUCAGCUCUGGCGACCCUGCCACACCAUCCGCCUAUGGAGGCACACAAGCAGGUCCUCCUCGCGGUAUCAACGACAUCAUUUCCGAAUCAACUGUCGGUGCUGGUCCAUCUGUACAGUUGGUUGAGCGCAUGAGUGCUACUGUCCGCCGACUGGAGAGCGAGCGCGCUGGGUCCAAAGACGAACUUGCACGCGUCACAACUCAACGUGAUGAGUCCAGACAGCAGGUCGUCGACCUCAUGCGCGAGCUCGAAGAGAAGAAGACCGCUGAUUCUCGAGUGGAGGAGCUCGAGGCUAAGCUUGCUGAUAUCGACCAGCGGUACUUGACAACUCUUGAAAUGCUCGGCGAAAAGAGUGAACAGGUCGAGGAACUUCAGGCCGAUAUCGCUGAUCUAAAGAAGAUCUAUCGGGAGCUGGUCGAUAGCACGAUGAAAUGA